CCUAGGCAUCCCAUCCUUUCAUCACCCCAUUCGACGACGACCUUGGUCUUUCUCUGCUCUAGCUGUUUUCCACGUUACAUUCGACAGCUCGACAGGACAUACGACACAUAACACCUUCCCGUUCACCAUGUUUGGCAUCCCUCAAAAGAAGGCACGCACAGAGGCCCCAAAGGCAGUGGCCCCACGCCUCUUUGUACCUUUUCGAGCCAUUGGAUAUGUCACCAAUGAGAUCCCCUUCAACAUCCAGGCCAAAGGCCAGGCGUACUUCCUGACGACCUGCGUUGGCACGACCUUCCAUAUCUACGACGUCGCCAAGAUGAAUCUGCUCUUUGUCGGAGCACAUACAUCGACACCUAUCACGGCUUUGGCAGUACUCGGCGAUCUGGUCUUUGUAGCAUGCGGAUCUGAUGUUGUUUCGUACAAGCGAGCAAAGGAAGUCGGUCGGUUCUCAUGCGGGACAGAUCCUAGACUUUCAAUAGUAUCACUGGAGAUCUUUGGCCAACACAUUAUUUCAAUCUGCAGUGACAAUACCGUCAAGUUGAACGACCAUAGCACUGGAGAGCUCUACACCACCAUCGACUUUGACUCUUCAUUCACAGUUACAACCCUUAUCCACCCCAGCACAUACCUCAAUAAGGUCCUCAUUGGAAGCAACCAGGGGACAAUGCAGCUCUGGAACAUUCGCACCAGCACAAUGGUCUAUGCUUUCAAGGGAUUCAACUCGCCUGUCACCUGCUUCACCCAGUCACCUGUUGUCGACGUUAUUGCGGUCGGUCUUUUGGACGGCUCGGUCGUUCUUCAUAACAUCAGGACAGAUACCACCAUCAUGACCAUGAGGCAAGAAGGAAAGGUCACAGCUGUAUCUUUCCGCACAGAUGAUCAGCAUGUGAUGGCUACCGCGAACAUGUACGGUGACAUCGCACUCUGGGAUUUGGAUCGGCAAAAAGUGCUCCAUGUGAUGAAGGGUGCCCACGAUGGAACGAUCCCUUCUAUCCAGUUUUUGAACGGACAGCCCAUCUUGAUGACCUCAGGAGCCGACAACUCUGUGAAGCAGUGGAUCUUUGACAGCUUGGAUGGUCUACCCCGUCUUUUGAAGUCUAGGAGCGGCCACCACCAACCCCCAACACACAUCAAUUAUUACGGCGAGGAUGGACACUUUAUUCUCUCUGCUGGUCGUGAUCGUUCGUUGAGGGCUUUUUCGACCGUCCGUGAUUCACAAUCAGUCGAAUUGUCGCAGGGAUCGCUGAGUAAAAAGUCAAGGUUGCUGAACCUCAAGAUUGACGAGCUCAAGCUGCCCCUGAUCACGACUGUCGCAGCAGCACCAGCCAAGGAGAAGGAGUGGGACAACAUCUUGACGGCUCAUUGGAACGAGCCGGGCGUACGCUCAUGGAACUACCAACGAAAGGUUUUAGGAUCUCACCUCAUGACCCCCAAGGAUGGAUCCUCAACCAAGACUGUCGCCAUCAGCACAUGCGGAAACUUUGGCUUUGUGGGCUCGGCAUCUGGAGGCAUUGAUAUGUUCAACAUGCAGUCUGGGAUCCACCGCCGUUCCUUUUCUGAGGAUGGCCACAGCAAGGCUGUGACGGGGCUCCAGUCGGAUCGCUUGAACAAGAGCCUUGUCUCGGGAUCGUUGGAUGGACUGUUGAAGUUGUGGGAUAUCAAGUCCGGAAAGUGCGAACAUACCAUGGAGAUGCCUUCGCCCAUCACCCAUUUGCUGCUCUACCCUGAAAACAAUAUCUUGGCGGUCAUUUGCGAUGAUCUAUGCAUACGUAUUGUCGAUAUCGAGAAUCGUCGUGUCGUCCGUGAGUUCUGGGGUCACUCGAACCGUAUUACUGACAUGACGUUCAGUCCUGAUGGCCACUGGCUGGUGUCUUCAUCUUUGGAUGCUACGAUCCGCACCUGGGAUCUGCCCACGGGACAUAUGGUCGACAUUUUCAGAUGCGAGAGCAUUGCGACGAGUUUGUCCUUUUCGCCUACAGGAGACUAUCUGGCUACGGCGCAUGUGGACAAUGUUGGUAUCUUUUUGUGGGCGAACCGCAUGCAGUUCACGACUGUGUCAUUGAGGAGCAUUACUGAGGACGAUGUCAUCCGUGUCGGUCUGCCUACCUCGUCUACAAUGGAGGACGAUGGUGAUGAAGUCGAAAACAUUUACACGACCAACGAGGAGGUUCUCGCUCUGGAGCCAACAAUUGAGACACCAGAACAACUGACAGAGCAGAUGAUCACGCUCUCACUCCUUCCGAAAUCCAAGUGGCAGACAUUGCUGAAUUUGGACGUGAUCAAGGCCAGGAACAAGCCCAAGGAGGCUCCCAAGGCGCCCGAAAAGGCACCCUUCUUCUUGAACACAUUGCCUGGUGUUGAGCCCAAGUUUGUGGCCACCAAGGAGGACGAGGAGCGGGCACAUGUGGCAGACACCAAGAUGAUCCGCAUGGGCAUGCUCCAGCCCGAGACGGUCUUUAUGACGCUUCUUAAGAGAGGCCACAACACUAGAGCGACACACCAUAUAGUGAACGCGGGUCAGAAGGAUCAACAGACGGUGGUGGUCGAGCGCGAUUACUCUGAUUUCUUUGACCACCUCAAGACACUGAAUCCCUCGGCUGUGGAUUUCGAGUUGAGGUCCAUGUCACUGGAUAACGACCUGGCGGAGCCGAGGUACUUCUUGGAGGCUAUCGAGUAUCUGCUGAGCAUGAGGAGGGAUUUUGAGUUGGCAGAGGCAUACCUGAACCUGUUCUUGAGGAUCCAUGGCGAUGUACUGGUGGCCAACCCGGACGCUGGAUUGGAUGAUGAAGACGAGGACGACGAAGAUGACGAAGACGAGGAUAGUGAGAUGGAGAGCGACGACGAUGAUGAUGACGAGCGCAGCAACAGCAGAAAGUUGAAAGUCAAAGUUAAUGCUACGAAGGCAGGUCCCUUGAGUGUCAGCAUGCGGUUGAGGCGGUUGGUAUCGGAACAUCAGCGGGAGUGGAAACGGUUGGAAGAGCUGUUCCAGAGUACACUCUGCUUGAUUGAAUUUAUGAGGACCAAGGCAUAAUUCCUUUUUUUUUUUAUAUAUUUUUUGUCCGCACAAGCACUCGACCAGCAUUAGAUUCUCUUCAUCUCUUCCCAUUACUCGUUCAUAGUACCG